AGCAGGAGAUGCCGCCGGUGCAGCAGCAGACGUGUUUUUUCCGGACUCGGAAACAGGGAUUCCGGAUGACAAAGAGUCAGUCGCUGGAGAAUCUCCUGAAGGACCAGCAGGAGCUCCGGAGGCUGAAGCUCUUGAUUCAGAAAACCAAGUCAGCGCGCCCGGUGCUGAGGACCUAGCGGGCACGGCGAGUCCUGAGGCUGCGGGGGAUGGCGGCCGCGAGUCAGCAGAAGCGCUCGCCCCUCGGAGCGCUGCGGCCGACCAAACGGGGGAAAGAUUCUACAUCGGCGCUUCUCCCGAAACGCCCUCGAUGGCCGAGAGCGCUGAAGACGUAGUCUCGGUGGUCGCCACCGGAUACAACGCCCGCCAACACCAGUUCGAGUUCGACGAGUCGGAUGAGGGAACCCAAAGCCAGGAGCGGCAGGAAGACCAACGGCAUCUCGGGUCCUCGUCCACCUACACCGUCCUCCCUCAGAACGACCACGAGGCUCCUAUCUCGACUGUAGCCACCAGAAAUGGAGAGGAGGAGCUUAUUCCUGCACCUACCAACACCCAGCCAGAUUUUUAUGGUUACAAGAGCAAGCAAAGUCAAAAAACUAUGGAUUCUUCUUAUAACGGAAUUGGUGAUAAUUCUGAGCAAUUAGUAAAAGACAGUAAUACUGUUUACAAUGAUCCCCAACAAGAGCAAGCUGCUACAGAGAUCCAAGCUUCUUUCCAAGACUACAAAACUAGACAAAAUUUAGGCUGCACUACACCAUCUGUAACAGAAGAAUUGGAUAAUAUCAACCUCAGUGAUCCAGACCUCAAUAAAGCUGCAACUCAGAUCCAAGCUUCCUUUAGGGGCUAUAAAACGAGGCAGAAUUUAAAAGAGAAUCAACAUGAAUCCCCAUUAACUGAACAGCUAGAUGGCAUUGAUCUAAGUAACCCUGAGCUUGAAAAGGCUGCAACUCAAAUUCAAGCUUCCUUCAGGGGUUACAAAACCAGACAGAAUCUAAAAGAGAAUGAAUCUCCUGAAUCUCCAGCUGAUAAAGAAGAAACUGUUGACCUUGAUUUGAAUGACCCAGAACUUGAAAAGGCUGCAACCCAAAUUCAAGCUUCCUUCAGGGGUUAUAAAACCAGACAGAAUCUGAAAGAGAAUGAACCUUCAGGUAAUGAAGAGACAAUUGACCUUGACCUGAAUGACCCAGAACUUGAAAAGGCUGCAACCCAUAUCCAAGCUUCCUUCAGGGGUUAUAAAACCAGACAGAACCUGAAAGAGAAUGGAUCUCCGGAAUCUCCAGCUAACGAGGAAGAGACAGUAGACCUUGACCUGAAUGACCCAGAACUUGAAAAGGCUGCAACCCAUAUCCAAGCUUCCUUCAGGGGCUAUAAAACCAGACAGAAUCUGAAAGAGAAUGAACCUUCAGGUAAUGAAGAGACAAUUGACCUUGACCUGAAUGACCCAGAACUGAAAAGGCUGCAACCCAAUCAAGCUUCCUUCAGGGGUUAUAAAACCAGACAGAAUCUGAAAGAAAGUGAACCUUCAGGUAAUGAAGAAAUAGUUGACAUUGACCUGAAUGACCCAGAACUUGAAAAAGCCGCAACCCAAAUUCAGGCUUCCUUUAGGGGCUUCAAAACCAGACAGAAUCUGAAAGAAAGUGAACCUUCAGGUAAUGAAGAAAUAGUUGACAUUGACCUGAAUGACCCAGAACUUGAAAAAGCCGCAACCCAAAUUCAAGCUUCCUUUAGAGGCUUCAAAACCAGACAGAAUCUGAAAGAGAACGAACUGGAUGCCAUUGAUGCAAAGGGCUCUGACCAAGAAAGGAUUUCUGUGAUGUCUUAUACUAGUCAAAAACCAGAUGAAUUUUACAUGAUUUCUGAUAAUGAGCUUGGGUAUAUUGAUUUAAAUGAUCCAGAAUUAGAGAAGGCUGCAACACAGAUUCAGGCAUCUUUUAGAGGGCAUAUGACCAGACAAAAUCUAAAUAAAGACACACUAGUCACAGAAGAUCAAAAUGCCAUUGACCUCAAUGACCCAGAACUUGAAAAAGCAGCUACUCAAAUUCAGUCAUUAUUUAGGGGUUACAAAGCAAGGCAGAAUUUAAAAAGUGAUUCCAAUGAGCAAAAGGUAAUAGAGGUACUUGACAUUGAUCUUGAUGCCCCUGAUUUGCAUAAAGCAGCAUCACUUAUUCAAGCCAGAUUCCGAGGUUUUCAGUCACGGAGGAGUGCUAAGGAUUGUAAAUCCAUUGUGAAAGAUGAUAUAGAUGACAUUGACUUGAAUGAUCCAGAGGUUCUUAAAGCAGCUACUUUAAUUCAGGCUUCAUUUAGAGGUUUCAAAACAAGGAAGGGUACCGAUCCACCUAAGCCAAGGCAGUGUGAAGGGAAUGACGCUCACCUGAAUGGUCAUGAAAACAAUGAAGGAAAGCAGGACACUGUUAAUGGCAAGAUGAUGGACAAUGGUGAAGAUAAGGAAAAGGCAGCUGAAAGAACAAAUGGGCAAGAAGGCACCAGAUACAUUGUAGAACCAUCGAUAAUAGUAACAGAUACCGAAACAAACACAGUGCUCCAAGCCAAAGAUCUUGAUGAUUCAGCGUCUGAUAACAAAAACACAUUGGAGGUUGGCCACGCUGGUGAUAGUGACUGGUCUAAUGUUUCCAGCAGAGAUGCUAGCCCUUCCCCAGACCAGAGUGGACUCAAUGCUCCUGUUAACAUCACCGAGCUCAACACUGCAGCAACAAAGAUUCAAAGUAUCUUCAGGGGCUACAGAACAAGACAACAGAUAAAAAAACAUCGCACCAAUGGCCCUGUACAUAGCAGAAGCAAGGCGAAAAGAAGAGGUUCAGGCAGCAAAGACAAAGAAAAUGCUGCAGCCACGAAAAUCCAGGCAGCUUUCCGUGGCUUCAAGACAAGAAAACAUAUGAAAAAUACGACGGGCAAACCUUCUUACCGCAGUUUGCCACGUGGACUGCAGCAGCGGAGGGAUAGUCUGGAAGCAGCGCAAAAGGAGGCUCGGAGAGGUAGCCUUACAAGGGACGUGCUGAUGGCCAGCGUCCUCGAAGAGAGAAUGCAGCACAGAGAACUCCCGCCAGAGGAUCCAGCGUUAACAAAAGCAGUUGUGACUCUACAGGCUGGUGUCCGGGGCUACCUUACUCGCAAACACAUGGCAGAAAAGCGCGCGGCAUCGGAUUCAUCUAACGCAGACCAAAUCAACGCAGAGGCAGCAGCUACAAAGAUCCAGGCUGGGUUUAGAGGUUACAAGACCCGCAAGAUGUUGAGGGAGAGAGCGCAGGCCAGCUUGGAUCUCAGUGACCCAGCUGUGAUCCAGGCAGCUGUUAGGAUACAAGCUGCUCUCCGUGGACAUCUUGCGAGGAAGGAAUUGAGAGGAGCGUCCUAAAGUAUAAAUGUUCCGCUUAGGAAUGUAAUGUUAUAUAGGAAGAGAUAUGCUUUAGCAGCUUUAAGUAUUCGUAACCAUAUUAUAGGCAAAGUUUAACAGUAAUUUAAAGAAAAGCUUUUUUAUUUAUAUCAUUAUUUUGUUAACUCUGUUUUGCUUCCACUGUAGCUAUGGGAACUGUAAUAAUAAAAAAAUAUAUUAUUUUCAGCGGUUUUGUUGCUAGCUGAAAUCAAAUUAUAAAUACGCACAGUUGUGUAUGAACUGAUGCGUAUCUAGCAAAUUAUAAUAUUGUAACAAUAUUAUAUAACUAUAAAAGAGACUAUGGUAGCUAAUUGCAGCUCAUUCAUAAUUACUUGCAUUUCAGUAGAUAUCGAUGACAUACUUCACGGUAGUUACUGUGAUAAAGAGAAUACGUACUUUCACAUAUACAUACAAUC